CACACAUGCACACACUAACACAGAGUCAGAGUCAGAGAAACAUUUCAUUUCAUUUCUUCUCAUUUUUUGUUUUAAAAAAGAAAAAUUUUGAAACAUAAACAAAAGAAAAAACAAUUCUUCUUUCUUUGAGUUUGGUUUUUGUUUUUUAGUUAAAAGGUCCUGUUUGACACGAACAUCAAGCAAUCGCACCGUUCGUUCAUAAAAACGAAAUAAAAAGAAAGAAAGAAAAAAGAACAAAAACAGAUUAUUAUUAUCACAAUUAUUAAAAAAGGGGGAUUAAUUAUGAAAGGUGGUGAUGGAGUUAUUGUAGUCAAGAGCAACUGUUGUUGCUUUUGGUUAAUUAUUUUAGGUUUUCGAUUAUUAUCUUUAUUAUUAUUAUUAUUGUUUUUCCUUUGGCUUUGGUUCUUUUAUUCUUCUGCAUGCUUUCAUUUCAUUGUUCUAUCUUUUCAAUCCCAUAUUACACGCUGCUUUUCCAUUAUCCUUUUUCAAAUUUCCAAAUUUAAUCACCCAAUUGAUGAUUUUUUGUUAUUUAUUUAUUUUCAUCUAUCAGGAUAACAAUCCUGUGCCUUUUCCAUUCCUUGACUACUACGGAAUUUUGAUUUUUCAAGAGAGAGAAAGGCCUCAAAUCAAAGAGAGAGAUAGAGAAAAAGAGUAGCAUAAAAAAAUUAAACACCAAAACGAUUCCUUUUUGGUUACCCUAAUUUUGUUUCUGUGCUGCUUUGUUCUUCUUCUGCUGCUGCUGCUACUGGUGCUGCUCCUUUUUCGUUGUUUUGUGGGUUCUGGAUUUCUAGGGUUUGAAAGGGGAGAAAUUUUCGAUCUUGAUCGGGUUCGAAAAUGGAGGGGGAAGCUGCUUCGGAUGCAGAGAUUGAGAACAAUAAUACUCAGAAGAGGGAAGAUGCUGUUGGUGAUAACAGCAAUGAGAACAACAAUGGAAGCAACAGCAAAAUUGGUAACUCGAAUGAGGGUCAGAGCAAGCCCAAGCGACAGAUGAAGACCCCUUUUCAGCUUGAGACACUGGAGAAAGCUUAUGCUUUGGAGACUUACCCUUCAGAGACAAUGAGGGCUGAGCUCUCUCAGAAGUUGGGGCUGUCCGAUCGGCAGCUACAGAUGUGGUUCUGCCACCGCCGGCUGAAGGACAAGAAGGAUUUGCCGCCUAAGAAGCAGAAGAAGGCAGUGCCGGCGCCAGUGCCAGUGCCAGUGCCAGUGCCGGCACCACCUGUGCCAGAUUCUCCUCCAGACCUCAGGCUGGGCCCUGAGCAUGUUAAUGAGUAUGGAUCCGGGUCAGGUUCGGGCUCCAGCCCGCUUACCCGCCCUGAGUUUCGAAAUGUAGUUCCCCGGGGUGGUAUGCUGGGGUACUAUGAGCCACCACAAGCUAUGAUGGAGCUUAGAGCAAUUGCUUGUGUGGAGGCACAGUUGGGGCAGCCACUGAGGGACGAUGGACCCAUACUCGGAGUAGAGUUUGAUCCUUUGCCCCCAGGUGCUUUUGGGGCACCCAUAGCUGUUACAGAACAGCAAAAGCGACCUAGUCUUGCUUAUGACAGUAAAAUGUAUGAAAGACACGAUGUUAGAACAAAUAAGGCUAUGGCGAGGACAUUACCGGAAUAUCCAUUUCUUCCAAACCAGCCUGGCAUUAGGUCAGAUGCCUUUGGACAAUUAAAUCCACCUCAUUUACACGAUCCAAUGGAUGGUCCUUCCAGAACUUCCUUUCCUAUAAAUGAACAGCUGCACAAAAUUCAUGCUACCCAAAGUCAUUCUGCUCGUGUUCGCGUUUCAUCUCAGCAAGACAAGCAAGUGAUUCCUUAUCCAUCUCCUCCUCGAGAAGUUGAUGUUGCCCAGCCAAGGGAAUCAUAUGCAAACAUAGCUAAUGCUGGAAUAGACUCCCACUUCGCCGAUCAUCCGAUUGCUGGUCAAGAAAAUCCUUAUGCUUUACCCAGUGGACAAGUUUUGCAGAACGAUAUGACAAUCCGAAUAGAAAAAAAACGAAAGAUUGAUGAUGCCAAAAUUGCAAAGGAGGUUGAAGCCUAUGAAACGAGGAUGAGGAAAGAGCUUGAGAAGCAAGACAACCUUAGACGAAAGAAUGAAGAGCGACUAAGGAAAGAAAUGGAGAGACAAGAACGUGAAAGAAAAAAGGAAGAAGAGAGACUGAUACGCGAGAGACAGCGAGAAGAGGAAAGAUCUAGGCGUGAACAAAGACGUGAAAUAGAACGGAGGGAAAAGUUUUUGAUGAAAGAACACUUGAGAGCUGAGAAAAGAAGACGAAAAGAAGAGCUUCGCAAAGAAAAAGAGGCUGAGAGAAGGAAGGCUGCCCUUGAAAAGGCAGCUGCCCGUAGAAUAGCUAAGGAAUCUAUGGAGCUUAUUGAGGAUGAACAGCUGGAAUUGAUGGAGCUGGCUGCUACAAGCAAGGGACUUUCCUCGAUUAUACAACUUGAUCUUGAUACAUUGCAAAACCUUGAAUCAUUUAGGGAUUCAUUGUGUUUUUUCCCACCUAAGAGUGUAAAACUGAAAAGGCCAUUUGCCAUCCAACCUUGGAUUGACUCUGAUCAGAAUGUUGGCAACCUCCUCAUGGUUUGGAGAUUCCUGAUUACUUUUGCUGAUGUUCUUGAGUUAUGGCCUUUCACUCUUGACGAGUUUGUACAAGCAUUUCAUGACUAUGAUUCAAGAUUGUUGGGUGAGAUACAUGUAACUCUUCUUAAAGUUAUAAUAAAGGACAUUGAAGAUGUUGCAAGGACACCUUCAACAGGAUUAGGAAUAAGCCAGAAUGGAGCUGCUAAUCCUGGAGGUGGCCAUCCAGAAAUUGUGGAAGGAGCAUAUGCAUGGGGCUUUGACAUCCGAAAUUGGCAGAAGAACUUAAAUCAGUUGACAUGGCCAGAAAUUUUCCGACAGUUAGCAUUGUCAGCAGGAUUUGGACCAAAGCUGAAGAAAAGAAGUAUUACAUGGUCAUAUGCAAAUGAUAAAGAUGAGGGGAGAAGUGGUGAAGAUAUCAUUUCUACACUUCGUAAUGGUUCAGCAGCUGUAAGUGCACUGGCAAAAAUGCAAGAGAAAGGUCUAUUAGCUCCUCGAAGGUCAAGGCACAGGUUAACUCCAGGAACAGUUAAAUUUGCUGCCUUUCAUGUUCUCUCACUUGAAGGUAGCAAGGGUCUAACAGUACUUGAGCUAGCAGAAAAAAUUCAGAAAUCUGGUCUUCGGGACCUGACCACCAGCAAGACACCAGAAGCAUCAAUUUCUGUUGCUUUGACUAGAGACACUAAGCUUUUUGAAAGGAUAGCUCCAUCAACCUAUCGAGUGCGUACUGCAUUUAGAAAGGAUCCUGCUGAUGCUGAGUCCAUCCUUUCCGCAGCAAGAAAGAAAAUUCAGAUAUUUGAAAAUGGGUUUCCAGCUGGUGAAGAUGCUGACGAUGUUGAAAGAGAAGAGUCAGAAAGUGAUGAAGUUGAUGAGGAUCCUGAUGUUGAUGAUCUAGUAAACCCUUCAAGUGCUGAUCCAAUUUCUGGACAUUUUGAUGAACCAAAUGUUUCCACACCAAAUGGAAAAGAAAAUUUGGAUAAUGAUGUAAAACUUGAUCAAAAUGAGUUUGAAAUAGAUUUGCCUUGUUUUCCUGAGGAUCGUUACAAGGAAGCUGAUUGCCCUGGCUCUGUCACCGAACAACCUGUUGUUUGUGAAGAUUUGAAUACUGGAAAUCCUGAUCAAGAUAAUAUGGAAAUUGAUGAAAGUCAAUCUGGAGAAUCCUGGGUGCAAGGACUUGCUGAAGGAGAGUAUUCUGAUCUCAGUGUAGAGGAGCGUCUAAAUGCUCUAGUUGCAUUGAUUGGUGUGGCAAAUGAAGGAAAUUCUAUUCGUGUUGUUCUGGAGGAUCGUCUGGAAGCAGCAAAUGCUCUGAAGAAGCAGAUGUGGGCUGAAGCACAGAUAGAUAAAGUUCGUCUGAAAGACGAUACUAUUAACAAACCAGAUAUUCCAUUACUUAUUGCCAACAAAGUUGAAACACAUGACACAUAUCCUGCUGCUGUGGAGGGCAGUCAAAGUCCAAUGCUGGACAUCAAUAUUAAUAGUAUUAAUAUUGAAACAUCACCUGGCACUGCAGAAAACCAAAAGCCAGCACCUGCUGCACAGAGCUUGCAUGGUGAAAAGUCCUCCCAAAUUCAAGAUUUGUGCACAGGCACAGGUCCAGAUCACCCUCAGGUGCAGGUACCUCCACAAUAUUCAAAAAGAUCACGUUCACAGUUGAAAUCUUAUAUUGCCCACAUAGCAGAGGAGAUGUGUAUCUACAGGUCUUUACCCCUUGGCCAAGAUCGCAGACGUAAUCGAUAUUGGCAGUUUGUUGCUUCUGCUUCUAGCAAUGAUCCUGGUUCUGGUAGGAUCUUUGUUGAAUAUCAUGAUGGCAAUUGGGGGCUUAUUGAUUCUGAAGAGGCCCUUGAUAUUCUUUUGGCAGCAUUGGAUUCAAGGGGGAUCAGGGAAUCUCAUUUGCGCUUGAUGCUGAAAAGGAUUGAGAAGUCCUUUAAAGAAAAUGUUCGAAGGAAUACACAAUGUGCCAGUGCCAAAAUAGGGAGCAAAGAUAAAUUUUCGAUCAAAAGCGAAGAAAAUAAUGGACCAUAUUCAACACCUGAUUGCCAUGUUGGAUCUGACAGUCCUAGCAGUACUCUUCAUAACUUGAACUCUGACAAAUUGGAAACAUCAUCAUCCUUCAAGAUUGAGCUUGGGGAAAGUGAGAAUGAGAAGAAAGCUGCCAUACAAAGGUAUCAAGAUUUUCAAAAGUGGAUGUGGAAAGAGUGCUAUAAUUCAUCAAUAUUAUGUGCAACAAAAUAUGGGAAAAAGAGAUGCAAACCUCUGGUGGACGUUUGUGACCUCUGUCUGCAACCUUAUUUUGUUGAGGACUCCCACUGUAAAUCCUGCCACAGGACUUUCGCUACAAAUAAUGGAUUUAGUUUUAAUAAGCAUGCAUUUCAUUGUGGAGACAAGUUACCCAAAAAUGUUCCUAUGGAAUCUUCUCUUCCCUUGCGGACAAGAUUGCUUAAGGUUCUGUUUGCUUGUAUUGAGGCAUCAGUUCUCCCCGAAGCAUUUGGAACAAUUUGGACGAAUGAUGCCAGGAAGCAUUGGGGUGUGAGGUUGAGCAAAUCAUCCUCUGUUGAGGAGCUUUUACAGAUAUUGGCCUUGUUUGAGAAAGCUCUACGGAGAGAUUUUCUAUCAUCAAACUUCUCUACAACAGACGAACUAUUGGGACUGAGCAAUAUGGGUGGUAAUGCUUCACUUACUUCCACUGAUCCUGAAUUGGUAGCUGUACUUCCAUGGGUUCCACAAACUACUGCAGCAGUGUCUCUCAGGCUUCUUGAGAUUGAUUCAUCUAUCAAUUAUGUACAUCUUGAGAUACCUGAGCCAUGCAAAGAGAAAGAAGCGAAAGAGUACAUCCAGAAGCUUCCUUCAAGAUAUACGUCCUUCAAAUGCAAUAGAGAGGUUGAACCAGCAGAGUUAGGGCAUGGUGAAUUCAUUAAAGAUAAAUCUGCUUCAAAGAAAAUUGUUCGAAGUGGUAAUAAACGUGGACGAGGGUCUAAUGAUCAAGGACGGGGUAAAAAGAUGUCUAAAAGAAUGUACAGUUCCAAACGAGAUACUGGCCGCCGAAAUGUAAAGGUCAAUGAGAAUCUAAGUGACAAGCUAAAACAGCAGGGACGAGUACUACAAGGAUCAGCUGGUGGUCGUGGUCGCCGAACGGUAAGGAAACGGAGAGUGGAAAAGAGAGCUGUUGAAGAUUUGUUGCUGGGCCAUACCGCAGUGAGCCAUAGCCCCAAUAUUGACAGAGAACCAUUGAGAAGAUUUGAUGAGGAGUGGGAUGGUGAAAGGGCAAGUCCCAUGACUCCCGUCCACAUUGAAAUUGAUGACAAUAGCAACAGUGCUGAAGAGGUGGAAUCUGAUGACAACGGCCAAGCAGUAGAAUAUGAUCAAGGUAACUGGGAGGUGGGUUAUAAUGGCAUUCCCGCCAACAGUUGGGGUAGGGACUUUGCUGGAAUGAGUGAUGAAGAUGCGGAUGCUUUUGAAGAUGACAAUGACAACAACAAUGACAUCGGCAUUGAAGAGAACGAAGAAGAGGAUUCGGAAGCAGAUGUUAUGAGUGAGGGUUCAGAUGGCAUGGCAAAUAGGGUCAUAAAUGAAGAAGGCUCAGACUCAUCUGAAUCUGAAGAUUCUUAUGAUUAGAACAUCCAUUUAGUUGAUCGAAGGAAUAUGAUUUGCAUCUCAAGGCUGUAUUACAUUUUUUCGAUAUUGCAGCUUCGCAAGAACCUGAGCUCCAAGUCAUGUUGCUUGAAGAGUUAGUAGCUGAGUAGAUUUAUAGUGGUAUAUGAUCCAUGCAGAAUGGAUCCCUGUAUUUUUAAGCAUGUUGAAGCAGAGGGCCCUGGCAGCCAGCCUCAUUUUGUUUUUGCUCUUCUGUUAUUGGCCCUUGUAAUAGACACUCAUUGAUUAAUAAAUCUUAUUACACCUUGAUUA